UGUAUUUAUAUAAAAUUAAUGUAUUUAACAAAUAAAAAUUACCUUCUUUACUUUUCAACAUUAGUGUACAAUAUAUAGAAUUAGUACAAUGAAAACUGUCUUAAAAUCCUCAUAAUAUCUAAUCUUAAAAAAAAUGCAGAUGAACAUCUUCAAAUGGUGUUCAACAUAAUUAUGUACAAAUUUUCAGAUUGUUCCAUGAAGUGGUAGAAAAUUCUAUAGGAGGGUUGAAAUUUCCACCACACACAGCCAGACAGAUGGACAAAUGGACAGGGUUAAACCAAAUUCCCCCCCCCCCAACAUUUGCAGGGGUAUAAUUAAAACAAGAAUCCCAACGGCCUCAUCGCUCAGUGACAUGAUAUCCAUAAUAAAAUCAGCUUUAUGAAGUCAUACGAAAUAUCUGGACAAUGUUGUAGAAUAAAUCCUGUAUAAACAGAUUUUAAUUUUUUUUUUGGAUAUUCUCAUUUUAAAAUUUAAGCCCCUUUUGUAACAGGAUGAUACAAUAAUCACAUCACAUUUAAGAUAUUGAGUAGUUCUCAAGAAAAUCUUAUCACAUAUAUAAACCUUCAGCAAACUUCGAACCCAUUGGGCACAAGAUGUUGCAAAAUAAUUUUUAAAAAUUUUCCUAUGCAAAUUAGAACCCCAAAUGUGGUCCUGGGCCGGGAUUCAUAAAGAUUCUAAGAUUUUUCUUAGAAAAUGCACUUAAGUGUUAAAUAAAUUCUUAGUUAAGAAAAAAACUUAAGAACAAAUUCAUAAAAAUACUAAACAUAAUUCUUAACUGAGUAUAAACUUAAGAAAUUCAUGUACUUAAGUCAAAGCUCCAUGACAACACUUACAAAUUCCCGGAAUUUUCCUUGCCUACAAACGCGCUCUUUUGUGAAAGAGGUAAAAAAGUUAAGACUGUGACGUGAAUUAGCAGACGGGAAAAAGUCAAAACAAUGGAUUCGCAGACGAAAAGAAAACCCAAUUGGAACGCCGAUGAAACGCUAGCACUAACAAACCUAGUCGAUGAAAAUAAGCAGAUAUUGAGGGGGAAAUUAGGACCAUCGCUGACUUCAGAAAUGAAAAGCCGGAUGUGGCGAAACAUUGCAGUUUCAUUGACUGCCAUGGGUGUUGGGCCCGGUAGAACCGCUGCAGAGGCUGAGAAGAAAUGGCACAACAUUUUCUCUAAAUCUAAAUCAGAGAUAUCUGAUCACAGAAGAGCUACGACUGGAACAGGUGGUGGUCCUCCCCAAAAGACACUCAGCACAAUCGCCAUGGCUGUUUCAAAUGUGGUGGGGGAAAACAACACUUGCCUGUCUGGUAUUCCCGGAGGUUUGGACACCUCUAUCAUUCAGUUGGGCGGACUUAUUGGAGAAGAGCCAGUUGGGAUCAAUAUCAUUGAGGGACCACCAGAUACAGUUCCCCACAUUCUGGACCCAGAAUCACCUCCGCCGCCAUCUCCAUCUUCAUGGAUGCUGCCAUUAAGCAGAGGUCGCACCAACUGCUCUAAUCCUAAAAGGAAAAUUGAGGAACUGACUUUGAAGAAGCUAGAAUUAGAAGUUCAGUAUCUAGAGUUGAAAAUCAAAAAGCUGAAGAAAGAGGAAUGAAAAAAAACUAUGUCCAUUCAAUCCAUUAGUAAAACAGAAAUUAAUUUAUAUAAAUAAUGAAGUAAAAUGUCAAUAGAAAUGUAAAGUUAAACUUAAAAGAAAUAGUAUUUAUGACAAAUUUUAGAGAUUCAGUAGUUAAAUCAAUGAAUUUAGUAAGAAAGACUUGAAAUAUGUGCACCUAUGAUGAUCAUCUACAUGUACAACUAGUGAUUUUUAUGUGAUAUUUUAUGAAAUUUAUUUUAUUACAAAUGUUGUUGUUGUUGUUGCUGUUAAUGUUAUUUAAAAAAAAACCUGAAUAUUUUAAAA